AUGUCCCGAUUCGAACGAGCCAACAAGGUUAAUACAUCCAAGACUACACCUACGAAACCAAAGCGCAUAGACUCCAAGACUAACAUCAUCCAGAAGCGCAAGGUCGCUCACGAAGACGAGGAGCCCGGAAAGACAGCAUGGAAACCCUCCGCUAUGUUUACGCCCAUCGAGGGCGGUAGGCAAUGGACCCUUACCUUCUCCGCCGAUCAACAAAUCGCCAUUCCCGGCCGAAUAGGACGCGCUCUCGCGGUCUUCAACGUCGACGAGGUCAUCGUGUACGACGAUAGUCCUAGGGAGGAAAGGCCUAGGAGGGUCGAUCCCGCGAGCUACACCGCCGACACCGACCCCUGCCACUUCCUCUCACACGUCCUCUCGUACCUCGAGACGCCUCCUUUCAUGCGCAAGGCGCUGUUCCCGCUUCAUCAGAACCUCAGGCUAGCUGGGAAGCUCCCCAGCUUGGACAUGCCUCACCAUCCGCAUCCUAGGGAGUGGAUUCCUUACAGGGAGGGUGUGACCAUUUCGAGACCAAAGGGCAAGACUGGAACCCUCGUUGACGUCGGCCUCGACGAACCCGUAACAAUACAAGACUCAAUCCCCCCCAACACCCGCCUAACCCUCCACUUCCCCACCGAAACCACCCUCACCCCCGAAGCCGUCCACCCCUCCGCCCCGCGCACCGAAGGCGGCUACUACUGGGGCUUCAGCGUCCGGCGCAGCGCCUCCCUCUCCUCCGUCUUUACCGAGAGCCCCUACGAGGACGGCUACGACGUCAGUAUCGGCACCUCGGAGCGCGGGCAGACCGUCGACCGCGCCUUCCCGCCCGGCAAGAUCCCGGACUUCAAACACCUGCUCGUCGUGUUCGGGGGCCCCAAGGGCAUCGAGUACGCGGCGGGGAAUGAUGAGGAGUUAGGGAAGAUGCUGGAGGAGGGGACGAGGACGAGGGAGUUGUUUGAUUAUUGGAUUAAUGUUUUGCCGAGGCAGGGGAGUCGGACGAUAAGGACGGAUGAGGCGGUGUUUAUUGGGUUGACUGCUUUGGGGAGGUUGUUUGAGGAGGAGUGA